UUUCUUUGGCAAGCUUACAUUAGAUAUGAGAACCAAGUAUAAUGUUAGUAAUUCUGCUUUGGAUUUUUUGACUCAAGAAUUGCAAGAAUGGCUGAAGGGCAGGGAAGAGUCUUUAGAAGGUGGUGAAGAUGGACCGCCUGCUAAAAGACAGAAAUUGGAAUUUGACAGUUCCGACUUUGUAAACAGUUUGUUACAAUUAAAUACUCAAAAAAAGAGAACUCAUUAUUACAAGUCCAAUUUUAAUUUAAUAGAACCUGAGGAACUGUUUAUAAAUUCCAAUUUGAAAACUAGAAUGACUAAUGGAAGCAUAGGAAUUCAGACCAAAAACAACACUUUUCAGUAUAUGUCCAUCAAAAAGCGAUUGACUGCCUUGUUUUCUAACGAUGGCUUUAGGCGCCUUUAUUUCUCAGAAAGUCGAAGUCAGGAUGAUUUUGUGCGUGGAACGAAAGACAGUAAAUAUGUACAAGUUCAUCCUCUUUUUUCGAAAACCCCUACUGCCAUUCGAAUUCAGUUAUUUUACGACGAAGUCGAAGUGACUAAUCCACUCCGUUCUAAAACAAAAAAACAUGAGCUAGCUAUGUUCUGUUUUCGAAUUUUAAAUUUACCUAAUUCUGAGAAUUCUAAACUUGCAAAUAUUUUCCCUCUUGCCAUUGUCAACAGUAUUCACGUAAAAAAUAAUUCUUUUGAUUUUGUUUUCUCUGAAUUUCUUAAUGAAUUAAAAGAACUUGAAUCAGAAGAUGGAAUGCUGCUUGGCAUUCCUGAUUUCACAAACUUUAGAAUUAGAGGGACAAUCGCUGGUGUAUGUGCAGACACAAAGGGCGCUCAUGAGAUUGGGGGAUUUCUCGGACCUUCUGCAAAUAGGUUCUGUAGGCUUUGCUUAAUCACUAGGGAAGAAAUAAAACAAAAAAGUUGCUUUGAUCAGUUAGAAAUGAGGACUAGAGAAAAUUAUGACGAAGCGGUUGAAGCUUCUUCUAGCAAUCCUGAAAAAGCGAGUGACACUGGAAUCCGUUCGUGUUGUGUUCUGAAUUGCUCAAAAUAUUUCCAUUUCGGCGAAAACUUAAUUUUAGAUGCCAUGCACGAUUUCUUGGAAGGCGUAGUUCCGUUUAUGAUAAAACUUUUUUUAAGGCAACUCUAUUCGUGUGGAACAACAAAAAUUUCUGCAGCAGAAUUAAACCGUAGAAUAGUACUCUUUCAUUUUUCAUUUUACGACCUUUCUAACAAACCUUCACCAAAAUUUACUGAUGCCGGAAUCCGGAAAGAGGGUGAUUAUCUAACCAAACAACGUGCAUCUCAAAAUUGGUGCUUGAUUAGAAUGUUUCCUUUAUUAGUGGGUGAUUUGAUUAAGGAAGACAACGAGUAUUAUAUUCAUUUUUUACAACUCUUGGAUAUUUUAGAUAUUCUCUUUUCCCCCAAAAUAGCACUGGAACAAAUAGUUGUGUUGGAAGAUCUCAUUAGGCAAUUUGUAGAAAGAUUCCGCGAAUUGUAUCCAAGUGUGCAACCAAUUAAUAAAUUUCAUCACAUGGUACACUACCCAGAAGUAAUUAGAAUGCAUGGCCCUCCAACUAAUUACUGGUGUAUGAGGUUUGAAGCUUUCCAUAAUAUUGUUAAGAAACUAGCAAUGACUAAUUGUAAUUUCAUUAACUUCGCAAAAUCUGCAGCUUUUCAUGUACAGAGUAUAUUUUGUGCUAAUCUGUAAAAUCCGGAUUGUUUUGAAAGCGACAAAUUAGUUGUUGGCCCAGCAGAAUCGGGAACUUUGAAAGGUUUUGUA